UGAGGACGCCGGCGUGGUAGGCUGAGGUGGCAGUAGUCCUGCGGCCAUGGAGCUGCCGCAGAUGCCGGAGCUGAUGGGGCUGUCCCUGCUGGUGGGGCUGCUGGCCCUAGUGGCCACGGCGGCGGUGGCCCGGGGCUGGCUGCGGACCGAGGAGGACAAGACCAGCCCUCCCGUCCGCCAAAAAGCAAAUGAAUCCAAGAAGUCAGGAUCCAAGAAGCAGAAACAGAAUCAGCGGGUUCGCAAGGAGAAGCCUCAGCAACAUACCUUCACCCACCGCCUUCUGGCUGCAGCAUUAAAGAGCCAUAGUGGGAAUAUAUCUUGCAUGGACUUCAGUAGCAAUGGCAAGUAUCUGGCCACCUGUGCAGAUGACCGCACUGUCCGAAUCUGGAGCACCAAAGAUUUCCUUCAGCGGGAACACCGCAGCAUGAGAGCCAAUAUGGAGCUGGACCAUGCCACCUUGGUGCGCUUCAGCCCAGACUGCAGAGCCUUCAUUGUUUGGUUGGCCAAUGGGGACACCCUCCGUGUCUUUAAGAUGACGAAACGAGAAGAUGGGAGCUUUACCUUCACAGCCACCCCAGAGGACUUCCCUAAAAAGCACAAGGCGCCUAUUGUCAACAUUGGCAUUGCUGACACAGGGAAGUUCAUCAUGACAGCCUCCAGUGAUACGACCAUCCUCAUCUGGAAUCUGAAAGGUCAGGUGCUGUCCACAAUCAACACCAACCAGAUGAACAACACUCACGCUGUUAUCUCCCCAUGUAGCAGGUUUGUGGGUUCGUGUGGCUUCACCCCAGAUGUCAAGGUCUGGGAGGUCUGCUUUGGGAAGAAAGGGGAGUUCCAGGAGGUGCUGCGAGCCUUUGAACUGAAGGGCCACUCUGCAUCUGUUCAUUCUUUCGCUUUCUCCAACGACUCUCGGAGGAUGGCCUCUGUCUCCAAGGAUGGCACUUGGAAGCUGUGGGACACAGAUGUGGAAUACAAGAAGCAGCAGGACCCCUACUUGCUAAGGACAGGCCGCUUUGAAGAGGCGUGUACCAUGCCUUGCCGCCUGGCGCUCUCCCCUGACACCCAUGUCCUGGCCUUGGCCUCUGGCACCAGUAUUCAUCUCUUCAACACGAGGCGUGGGGAGAAGGAGGAGUGCUUCGAGAGUGUCCAUGGGGAAUGUAUUGCUGACUUGACUUUUGACAUCACUGGCCGCUUCCUGGCCUCCUGUGGGGACCGUGCAGUGCGGCUCUUCCACAACACCCCUGGCCACCGGGCUGUGGUGGAGGAGAUGCAGGGCCUCCUGAAGCGAGCAACCAGUGAGAGCACCCGCCAGAGGCUGCAGCAACAGCUGGCCCAGGCCCAGGAGGCCCUAAAGAGCCUGGGUGCCCUGAAGAAGUGACUCUGGCUCUGGAUGGGUCUGACUGCCUGCCACAAUGGUUGCUACUCUAUUCCCAGCUGUCCCUGGGGUAGAGACCUGGAGGAACCUCCCAGUUUUCUUCCUGUUGUCCUCCACUUUUUCCCAUUGAAGCUAUUCUUGCAUAUUUAGAUCUCUCUCUCUUCUUGUUUGACUCCUCCCAUAAUGAAAGGUGCUGUUUUCUCACAAGCCCAAGGGUGGAGUCUAUCUUCACCCAGCACUGAGAAGAGGGGUAGAAAGAAGAGAGACAGAAAAAGCAAAGCCUUUGUGUGGCAAAAGACCCUGACACCCAAAGAAGUUUGUGAGUGAGUGUCAAGGUAAAACCUGAAGGACACCAGAGAGUAAGGUACAGAAUGUGUUUUAUAAUGCUGCAAGAUGAGUCUCCACCUGGACCAGGCUCCUGUUACCAGCAAGAAAUAAUUAAAGGAUGGUCUUUGUGUUUAUGUUGGUCUAUAAACUAGACAUUCAACAGGUAAAGGCAAGAAAAUCAGGGGUUCAAGUCACUACAUAGUGAAUUCCAGGACUUCCUGGGCUCCAUAUGGAGAAAGACCUUGACUAGAGAUUUUUUUGCUCCAGGCUUCAGUUUUCUUAUUUGUAAAAUGGGGAACGAUGCUCUCUGUGGCCUUCUUCAAAAGAUGUUGUAAGGCUAAGAGCAUUCCAAAGCUUCCACACAUGUAGCAUAAUAGUGCUGUCCAACAUCAUUAACUGUCAGGUAAACUUUGGACUCAAAUUGUGGUCUGCAACCCAAUCAGAAGGAAACACAGCCCUUGGGAGGGCCAGUCUUCUGAAACUAGGCUUGCUCAUUCAUCUUGGAUGCAUAUGGGGGUUUGGUUCAUGUGCCUUGAGAAGUAAUGUAAUCUUAGCAUGGCAACUCCUCUAUUGGAGACCUCUUGGGCUUAUCACUUGGGUGUCUGCUUCAUGGGAAGAGCUAGUGAUGCUGGCUAACACAAGACUGGGCCUGCUGCCAAAGAUAAAACUUAGUGGGAAGAACCUACAGGCUGGUAUCUGUGAAGUGCUGUUUGUUCAGUCACAGCUGCAGGGGAUGUAGGCAAGGGGCUUGACAGUUUGACUAUAAUGGGGAUGAAACGUAAUAUAUCCAAUGAGAGAUUGGUUUCAGACAUGAAUUUGAAUACUGCUUGGAUCCAAGGAGUGUGGAAAAUGUCAGGAAUCUAGGAAGGCUUGACUCUACCAAAAAGUAUCCGUCUCAUUUAGUUUUGAUCUUUUGCUUAAAAGUAGAUCCUCUUCCAGCCAUCCUCAAUGGUACAGAAUGUUGGAAUAAGGCACAACCCUGAAGUUGACCUUGAUGGCUCCCUUGUCGCCACCCUCUUCCACCACCACUGCUAUAUCCAGAUGCCCUGCAGCAUCUGCUGUCUCCCCAUCUCUUCUGUUAGUACACUGGUCUUGGACACUGAACAUACUAUAUGUAUAGUACUUCUCUUCCCAACCACAUUACUUUAAGUCACUUUUCUAUAUAGUUUAGCCAGCUUUUGAAAAACAUAAAACAGGUUGUGCCAUUCCCCAGUUAAAAAACCCUUCAGAGGCUUCUCUCUACUCUUAGACUAAAAACCCUGAUCUCUCUCUGUGCCCUACAUAAUGUAGUGAAGUUUAGCUCCUCCUGUGGUCUUCCUUUGCGAAGGUCGCUUCCACCCCAUUCUUCCUGUUUUUUUACUAACCCAAGCAGUUCACAGGCUCCAGGUAUGGGCUGGUCCCUCUUGUUUGUUGCAAGCAUUUUUCCUUUCUGUUGGCAGACUUGUCAAUGUGAUUCAGUCCUUGGUAACUUUGAUUUCAAACAGUUGCCUCCUCAAACACUCCAUCCGAAGUAGCCCUUUCCACCAAUCCCGUCCUAUUGUUUACGUUGGUGCUUUUCUUUCUUUUGUAUGAAUAGAUGAUUUCUAAAGCUAUCUUGUUUGAUAUGUAUUUGCUCCAGUGCCGUGACAGGGGCAGUUGUGUGUGUAGCAAAGGUAGGAAUUAGGUGGGUUGCCUGGUUGUGAGAUGGGAGGAAAUGGUAGAGACUGCAAUGAGCUGGUAGACCUGUGCCCUGGGUGCACAGUGGUUAGUAGCUGCUAUGUAUUGUUUAAUAGUUCCCCCAGAGUUCCCAGUUUCAGAGAAGUUAGAUGUUAGCGCCUUACUCUGAAACGAGGCACCAUUGUGAAUUGCACCCAGCACCGAUGUAGGAAGAAUCAGCUCACCAGUCUCAUUGUUACUUAAGGAUUGUUCCUUGCUUUUCAUUUUGCAGGCCUGGGCAUGGAACCCAGAGCCUCCUGCAGGGGAGACCAUCAUUCCGCUGCUGAAUCAUGCCUUAGCCCUCACUAGGAGAGGCUAAGACCGUGGCUGUCCUGCUCAGCCACAGCCCCUCACUGGGAGAUUCUAGGCAAAGGUUCUCCUUAGCCACAGCUGCAGUCCCUCACUGGGCAAAUGUUCUGCUACUGAGCCUCCAGCACUAGUUUGUGAAUUGCUGAAGAAUGCAUUGGAACACGAGUUUCACAAAGACAGGACCCUUGUUUGUCUGCUUUGUUCUGGGUUCCAAGUCAAGAAGCUGGGACAGAGUAAGCUCUCAAUAAAUAGAACUCAGACUAGAAGUAAUUGACAGAAAAAUUGAUAUUCUUUUGUUUUUCUGCACUCCACUGUGGAUUCAGGUUUCUGAUAAGAUCAGCCAUAUUGAGGCCUGUAUGGUCACACCCAGGUUUGGGUUUCUGAACACACAGCUCUGCCUCGUGCUGCAUGUGCAUGUGGGGUCUGGUAGAUGUCUCCUUUGGCUGUCAGAAGCAGUAUAAAAGGCUUCCACUUGCUUUUGAAUGCCUGUGUCACGACUGCGGAGGGAAGGUAGGGAAACCAAGAAUGCUGAGCCACUGAAGUCAGAAGUCUGUUCCAGAAUCAGCCAAGUCAGUGACGUGUGACCUGGACUGGGGUGAUCACAGAGGCUGCCUGAGUUUGUCUCCUCAUCUGUAAAAUGGGAAUAAAUGUUGUCCUGUCUACCA